CUAAAAAGAAAAUGGCGAAAGAAGGCAAAACACUUGUCAAAUGUAAAAGUGGUUACAGAAUGGUGCCUGUGAAUGUACAAAUGUCAAGUCCUUUCACUUUGCAAGAACCUGCAUGGGUUCCGGAUGCUCAGUGUCAGAAGUGUGUGCAAUGUCAAGGCAAGUUUGACCUCUUUAACAGAAGGCACCAUUGCCGUCGUUGUGGGAAGUGUUUCUGUGACAAGUGUUGCUCCACACAGGUUGCCUUGCCCCGCAUGUUGUUUGUGGAUCCUGUACGUCACUGUGCGGGAUGUUCCACCAUUAGUAAGAAGGAGGCAGACUUCUUUGAGAAAAAUGUCAAAACACUAACAGCAGGUGGAAUGUUUACGGUGACCCAGUCGGGGAAUACAGAUGCCAACAACACAGUGUUUACAUGUAAACUGUCCACAGACCACAGACUCCUACAGAUAGAGAAUGAGAGUCAGCGCCUUGAUGAAGUCCUCAUGACCAACAUUGAGUUUGUACAGAUCUUGGUCGACGACAGCGAUUCAGAAGGCAACCAAGUAGCUAGUGGCCUUGCGAUGAAGUACCGUGACAGCUGUGGAGAACAGCAGCUGGUCAAGCUAGUUGUACCUGACGGUCAGGCCAGGAAACAGGGACAGUCAUGGGUUGCUUCUAUGCAGAAGGCAUUCAAAAUGAUUCAUGAUGCAAGGACCACUGGACGGUGAGAGCCAUAUAAAGGAGCAUUGGGGGAGGUGGGGAGGGAGACAGAGAGGGGCAGAGUUAUGAGGGAGAUGAGGCUGACCGGCAUGUGAUAUUCUGGGAAGAGUUGCAAUUAGGGACCCAACAGAAGGGCCAAUGGUCUUUUCUGUCAUUAUUUUCAAUAUUCGACUUGAUUGCCAUAGUUUCAUGUUUUUUUUAAAUGUUUACUGUUUAUUGUUGAUUUUAGUUGUUAAGACUUUAUGAAAUGUUGCUGGUAUGGUAAUUUUAUAAUUGAUCUGAGUUUGUUGUUUGUGUGUAUUCUGUUCAAGAUUAUAUAAGAGUUUUUUUGUCAUAUGUAACAAUUUAUCUGAUGUUCAGAUUCAAUAAUCCAAAUAUACUGGUAUUUAAUUUCAUUAAUGUGCUUGGUAAUAGCUAACAUACUUUAAACAGAUGUGUUAUUCAUUCAUUGGUCAGUGUAAAUGUUAUGUUCAUUACAUGGUCAGUGUAAAUGUUAUGGUCAUUGUGCGGUGGAAAAUGUCUUUAGUGAGCACAUUUCUUUUCGAUAUUUUUUAAAUGCUUAAAACUAGCAUUCGAAUAUUACCAAUAAGAUGUAAUAUGAUUAAUUUUGUCAUAUCGUAAGUGCUUUUAAAAUCCUAAAAUGAUUUGUUUUAAUUUUUGUGGUUAAGUUGGGAUAAAUUUACCAUGGUUCAAGUGCUGUCAUAUAUGUACAUUGUUUCUACCUUACUUUCAGUCAAAAAAUUGUGACAUCCUGUCUGGACAUCUUACUGGAGGUUCUGGAGUCCCUCUAUGAUAUAAGUGUCAAACGCUGGUUUAAGUAACUGUUUAACUUCACAUGUUGUACAUGUAUGUAUUCUACUUAAUCUAGGUAUACCAUUUAUAAUCAUUAGUAUAUUUUGUGACCCCUUAGUUCAUGAAUUGGGUUUUACUUUCACAACAUUCUGUGUGAAGAGAAUACAUUUUUAAAAGUAUGUCUAGAAUGAUGUCAUAAUUCGGGUGCAAUCAAAAUAAAGCAUGAAACUACCAGUAGAUUCUUGUUUAAAAUGAUAUAUUUACAAGAUAUUCCUGGCCAUUUCAUUUACAUUGUAUUGUUCAGGUAGCUACUUCCAUACUCCAAACCCCUGGAAAAAAGUGUGCAAUUGAAGUUCAGUAUAACUAUGAUUUGAGAGCUUAUUUGUAGUUGUACAAAAUUAUUUUAAAGCUUUUCAGAUACUGAAAUUUAUAUGUUUUUAUUAUUGAAAUAUGUUCAGUCUUUUGUAUUAUUAUAAUACACCACUGUUUAUGGCAGCAUGCUUAAACAUUUGUACUGAUGCUUAAUAAUACAUUGUAUGAAAGGUAACAAUCCGACUCUUGUCUGAUCUUUGAGAUCCAUAAUUAACAUUCUUAUUUCAACCAUUUACAAUUAAACAGAUGCUACACAGAGAUAAAUACAUUCAGUGUUUCAUGGCAUGGAUACAGUUACAUACAUAUUAUAUUGUUUGUAAAUACUAUAAAAUUAUUCUGUCACAAUCAUACAUGUCAUUUAUGUUUUAGGCGAGUAUUGACCUAGCUAUUGUAAUCACCUUCAGUCUGGCGUCAACAUUUUAAAACUUUAAAAAUCUUUUUCUCUGAAACUGCAAGGCCCAGACGCUUAAUAUUUGGUUUGCAGCCUGACUGUGGUCAAGAGGCCCGCACCAUGGGUUUUAAGUUUUCUAUAUACUUAUAUAGCAAAAAAGGUUAAAAAAAUUAUUCUGAUGGCCUUCUGUCCGGCUUCAACAUUUUAAAACUUUAAAAAUGUUCUCUGAAACUGCAAGGCUAAUACCCUUGAAUCAAGGGCCUUGGUAUAUGGAAGUCUCAGAUUUUCUAUAUAUUUAUUUAGUAAAAAGUGCUGGCCCCACACUGGGAUUUCUAUAUACUCGGGACCUUUAUAAGAAAAUUUUGAAUAUGUUCUCUAAAUCAGCAUGAACCACCCUUUUCAAUCUGGUAUGUUGCCUUUUUGUAAUGGUUCUUCACCUCAAAUGUUCAAAUGAAGUCCCUGGGGUUAAAGCAUGCCCUGCCGUGGAAGAGGUUUUCUAUAUACUUACAUAGUUAUUUUUUUGAAAAUCUUAUCUGAAACCGCAAGGCCCAGACUUUUGAAAUUUGGCAUGUAGCCUCAUGUAGUGGGUAGUAACUACUUACAUCCAUAUAAAUCAAUUACUUCUUUUCAAACCAAUGACUUCCUUAGCAACGACUUUCUUAGCAACUUAUGACUUCCUUAGCAACCAAUGACUUACUAAGCAAUGAAUGACUUCUUUAGCAUCCUCUUUCUUCCUUAACAACCAGAGCAUCCUUAACAACCAGUGACUUCCUCAGCAACUAAUGUCUUUCUAAUUUACCAAUUUCUUUAUUAGCAACCAAUGACUUCCUAAGCAACCACUUACCAUCCCAGCAUACAAUGCCCACAUUAGCAACCACUAACUUCCUAAGCAACCAGUGACCACCUUGGCAAAAAUUGACUUACUUCGAGACAACUUUCUUCUUCAGCUACCAAUGAAUUCCUUUGCAACCACUAUCUACCUUAGCAACUACUUGCAUCCUAAUUACCAAUAACUUCCUUAGCAACCUUUGAUUAAGCAGCCGGAACAACCAGCUGACAAUGUUUUGACUUUCUUAGAAACACAAUUGACUUCCCUUAACAAGGACCAACAUAUUUAUAAACCAUACACUUUGGAAAUUACUUAAUUCCUAGACAAGUAGCAACAUCUUAAUUACUACUGACUUGAUGGUCAUUUUAAUCAGGUGAGCGAUUAAAGACCAUUUUGGCCCUCUUGUUUAAAUAGUGUCCUAUAUAUGUUAAUUUUGUGCCAUUGACAUCAUGUAAAAAUUUGACUUUCUUAUUAUGCUGUGUUCUAAAUGUCUGUAAUUAAAGCGUCAAUUUCAGGACAUAUCUUCAUACAUUAACAAUGUUUUCAUUGGCAAAAUACUUGUCUUCCUGUAUAAAGUCGUAUUAUAUUAUUACUACCUUAUAUACUAAUGUAAUGUAAAUACUGUUAAUGAUAUCAUUACAUUUGAAACAAAAUAAAAGUUCUUAAACCUGA